AUGCCGAUGCCAAUUCCGAAUGAGCUAACCGUUUAUACUUAUAACAACAACACAACAUUAUUGUGUUUGAAUAAUUCUGAUGAUCUAAGAUUGCUGUUUUAUGCAGAGUUUAAAAUAAAUAUUUUGCCCAUCAUACGACACAACGUCGGAUUAGAAAUCACGGAAGACGAUGGAUAUUCUAAAAUGAUAUGCUCACAAUGUAUCACAAAACUCAAAACCAUUAAAGAAUAUAUCAAACUAUUUCAUGAAUCUGACCGAAAACUUCGAGAUACGAUCAUCGCGAAAACAAAUAUUGAAACUUCUGAUAAUGUGUCAAUUCGAGAUGGGCAAAAGCUAAAAAAGGAGCAUGAACAUGUUCCACAGUUACAUAGUUUCAAAUGUUACAUUUGCAACAGUGCUUCGCUGGGGUCUCGAAAGAAUUUGAUAGAGCAUUUAGCUACACACGUGGAUAAAGUGCCGUACACCUGCCGCCUUUGCGUCAUGGAUACGGUUGUUUUAACACGCGUACGAACCUUGAAUACUCACAUGAAAAUGCAUGAACAACCGGUUAAAUGUGAUUAUUGCGAUCGUCGCUAUAGUAACACCGCUGGAAAAUAUUAUCAUACACAAACAUACCAUCUCGGUGGUGGAGCUCCAUGUACAGUAUCAUGUGAAAUAUGUGGCAAGCAAUAUGGCUUAGAGGUAUCUUUGAAACAGCACUUAAAAUAUCACACGACCAUAUUGAAGUGUCGUGUAUGUGAUAAGGUGUUCAAUCACCCGAAUAAAAGACGCAACCAUGAACUUACGCACAAUGAAACCAAGGGCUAUGAGUGUGUUGUUUGUAAGAAGGUACUGCAAACGAUCGAAUCAUACGAUGUGCAUCUUAAAAAACACACUCAAGAACGCAGCUAUACAUGUUCUCUCUGUCCAAAGAAAUUCAAUACCUCGUUCAAUCUCAUCUUGCAUUUAAAGGUACAUGCCAAGAAUUAUAAUUACCGCCCAGCCCGAUCAUGGGUAGAACACUACACAAUACUAAGUCGCAAUCCUAUGCAAUACAAGUGCAAGUAUUGCGAGCGAUACAGCACCGAUAAGGUAAAGAAUAUGAUCUCUCAUUUGCAAGCUCACUUCAAAGAGUACAAAUGCGAAAAUUGCGAUCGAUCGUUCGCUACCGCUAAACAAUUACGUGCGCACUACACUACACACACGGGCGAAAAGUCCGAAAUAUGUCAACACUGUGGAAAAUGUUUUUCAACUAAAAAUAAUUUACGUAUUCAUUUAAAGUCUCAUAAUCAUGAAGUUGUUACACUAGUUGAUCAACACUUUGCCUCAGUAGAUAAGGUUUCUUCUCCCCAAUCCUGCAGUAAUUCUUCUGUAAAUAAAAAAUAA